UGUGGGCGGGAAUGAGACAAAGUGUGCUAAAGGAAACCAACAGCGGCCUAGGGGUGAAAGGACAGCCAGGGUUUGAUGUUCUCGGGAGGCGGGGGCAACCGAGAGAGCGCGUGGGCAACCGAGAGAGCGCGUGAGCAACCGAGAGAGCGCGUGAGCAUUUGUCCUUUUACCCAUUUGUCUUUAGCCUUAGUGUUAGGUAGCAGCGGGGAUAGCCCAGGGCCGGUGUAUGGCCACGGAGUUACAGUGUCCGGACUCCAUGCCCUGUCACAACCAGCAAGUAAACUCUGCCUCAACCCCAAGUCCUGAGCAGCUGCGACCUGGCGACCCGAUCCCGGACCAUGCAGGGGGAAACAGAGCCCCCAGGGCCAAGGUGACUCUCCUCACAGGGCACACCCAUUCUAGUCUGCCGGCCGAGCAGGACACCGGGGCCUGUGGCGGCUCCAGCCUCGUCUCAGAGAGCAACAGUGGUAGUGGUGACAGUAGCAGCUAUGACGCACCAGCUGGCGACUCUUUCCUAGGGGACUGCGAACUCUCCCGGCAGAUCGGGGCGCAGCUUAAGUUGCUGCCUAUGAAUGAUCAGAUCCGGGAGCUGCAGACCAUCAUCCGGGACAAGACAGCCAGUAGAGGGGACUUCAUGUUUUCUGCGGAUCGUUUGAUCAGACUUGUUGUGGAAGAGGGAUUGAAUCAGCUGCCAUAUAAAGAAUGCAUGGUGACUACUCCAACAGGGUACAAGUAUGAAGGAGUGAAAUUUGAGAAGGGAAAUUGUGGGGUCAGCAUAAUGAGAAGCGGUGAGGCAAUGGAACAAGGUUUAAGAGACUGCUGUCGAUCCAUACGAAUUGGAAAGAUCCUGAUUCAGAGUGAUGAGGAGACACAAAGAGCCAAAGUAUAUUAUGCCAAAUUCCCCCCAGACAUUUACCGGAGAAAAGUCCUUCUGAUGUAUCCAAUUCUUAGCACUGGAAAUACUGUAAUUGAAGCUGUAAAGGUUCUUAUAGAACAUGGAGUUCAACCCAGUGUUAUCAUUUUACUCAGUCUGUUCUCCACGCCUCAUGGUGCCAAAUCAAUCAUUCAGGAGUUUCCGGAGAUCACAAUUUUAACUACUGAAGUUCAUCCUGUUGCGCCUACACAUUUUGGACAGAAAUACUUUGGAACAGACUAAGUUAUUAAAGCAGGAGUGCAAUGGCAUGAACUUGGCUCACUGCAACGUCUACCUCCCUGGUUCAAGUGAUUCUCCUGCCUCAGCUUCCUGAGUAGCUUGGAUUACAGGUACUUGCUACCAUGCCUGACUAGUUUUGUUUUGUAUUGUUUUUUUUUUGUUUUUGAGAUGGGGUUUUACCAUGUUGGCCAGGUUGGUCUUGAACUUUUGAUUUCAAGUGAUCCUCUGACUUUGGCCUCCCAAAUUGCUUGGAUUACAAGUGUGAGCCAUCUUGCCUGGCCCUAACUGUAUUUUCAAAUAGCCUGUCUUCAAGCUCGUUAUUUCUUUCUGCUGCUUGAUCAGUUUUGCUAUUAAAAGACUCUGAUGCAUUAUUCAGUAUUCCAAUUGCAUUUUUCACUUUCAUAAUUUCUACUUGAUUCAUUUUAAUUACUUUGAUCUCCUUGUUAAAUAUAUUUGAUAGAAGUUUGAUUUUUUCUUUGUGCUAUCUUGAAUAUCUUUGAGUUUCCUCAAAACAGGUAUUUUGAAUUCUCUGUUUGAAAGGUCACAUAUCUUUUUUUUUUCAGGAUUGCUCCCUGGUUAUUUAGUUCAUUCAGUGUAGUCAUGCUUUCCUUGAUUGUCUUGAUACUUGUAGAUAUUUGUCUGUGUCUUGGCAGUGAAGAGUUAGGUAUUUAUUUUAGUCUUUGCAGUCUGGCUUUGUACCUAUCCCUCUUCAGAAGGCUUUCCAGAUAGUUAAAAGAACUUGGGCAUUGUUAUAUACUUAGCAUAAUGCUCAUAAUAUAAAAUUUUCUUUUAAAAACCCAUUUCUGACAUUUAAAAACCAAUGACAGUGUCACCAAAAAGACCACUGACACGAGGUAAAUAUUCCAACAUCCAUCAUCUUAAGCCUCCUUUAAUGUGAUGAAAAACGUUUGGUUUUUUGUUGUCCAAAGAGAGGACAAUAUUUAGCACCUGUUAUGUACAUAGACCAUCUCUCUGAUAUUCUUAGCAACAAUGAUACUGCUGCUCAUCUAACUUCUCCAAAGCCUCAGGUAAUGGAGUGGAAGACAAUGAAUACAACAAAUUAUGAAAAUAUAUUAAACUCUGCAAUAGACUUUACAUUAAUUGCUGACUCGUAGUCCAGUUUCAUCAUGCAGCACAAGGUCACAUAUGAGUGCUCUUAUUUAAUUUGAUGAUUAUAUAAACAUGGGGCAUAAUUUAAGGUAGGAAUUCUUACCUAAAGUAAGUUAUACAAUUUCAGAGUCAUUUAAAACUCUGAAAUUGUAAAAUUAUGUGUGCACAUGUGCAUGUGUGUAUGUGUGCCUGUAUAUGCAUGUAUUUUUACUUGGAGAGUCUCCAUAGCUGUUUUUCAGAUUAUUAACGGGGUUUAUGACCAAAUAAUGUUUUAGGUAACCUCAAAUGAAUUCAGACACUCUCUCUUUUUCUCCAUUUCUACUAUUUUUCUUUCUUUCUUCUUAACAGUGUUCAGUGUUUAUAAAGAUGACAGCUUAUGGCAGUGAGAAUUAUUAUGAAGAAAUAAACUUAAAAAGCUAGAUUGUGCAGGACUAGAGAGACUCCAUAUCAUAUAGAGUUUUAAAUUUAGAAACUGGGACUGUAGUGUCUGUAUUCCUUGUAAAUAGCCACAUAGAUGCAACGUUGUUUCUGAUGACUUUGACUGAACUGAGGUGGUCCAAAAAUUACAGGUGAAUAAAGAAUAGAAACCUUCUAAGCUCAUGACUAAUUAAAGUAUUUAAAAAUAAUGAUCGGUAAUAGGUGCUCCAGGUGGUUCUGUUAAAAUAAUAAGACUGAAGCAAUGGUAGAAAUGCAUGUCUGAAGUUGUCUCUUGGUUAUUAUUCAGCUAAUAAGGUAUACAUAGAAGAGGUAAAUUAAUUUUACCCUCAACAGACCUAUAAUUUUUACAGAUUGAAAACAUGUAAGUAGAAAAUCGAAAGCCCCAAAGGUUAGGGAAAAUGACAAUCAAGUGUAAAGUGGGUUAAAAAUGUUAGCUUUUUAAAAAAAAUCUCAUCUUGCCUCAUUUCCCCAGUAUUUCCUUUUGAUCAUUUACAUUUCAUAGGACCUUCAGUAUUCAGAAUGUGGUAGCCGUGCUACACACACAUACAGACUUUCUAUGAUUCAGCAGUAACUUCAGAUUUGCAUUUGUAUUAAAUCUGUCUGAACUACAUUAUUCUAAUAAGUAUUUUCUAAUUGUCCAGGGUAAUUUAUGUAUAGUAUGACAAUGGGUUGGUAAUAUAACCUUAUCACAAUUUUAAUAUAAUUACUUCUACUUUCUUUAGUGUUCCAAUAACAAAACUUUAGCUUGGACUGUAUAAUGAAUUGUGUUUUACCCUCAUUGAACUUCUUUUUUAAAAUUUUUUUAUUUAUUAUACUUUAGAUUCUGGGGAACAUGUGUAGAUCAUGCAAGAUUGUUGCAUAGGUACAUUCAUGGCAAGGUGGUUUGUUGCCACCAUCCCCCCAUCACCUAUUCCUGACAUUUCUCCCCAUGUUAUCCCUCCCCAACCUUCCCUCCCACUAUCCCUUCCCUAAACCCCCCAACAGAUUCCAGUGUGUGAUGCUCCCCUCUUUGUGUCCGUGUGUUCUCAUGGUUCAGCACCUGCCUGUAAGUGAGAACAUUCGGUGUGUGAUUUUCUGUUCUUGUGUCAAUUUGCUGAGAAUGAUGGUUACCAGUUUCAUAGGUCCCUACAAAGGACACAAACUCAUCAUUUUUUAUGGCUGUGUAGUAUUCCAUUGUGUGUAUGAGCCACAUUUUCGUUGUCUAGACUAUCAUUGAUGAGUAUUUGGCUUGGUUCCAGGUCUUUGCUAUUGUAAACAUUGCCGAGAUGAACAUGUGUGUGCAUGUGUCUUUAUAAUAGAAUGAUUUAUAGUCCUGUGGGUAUAUACCCAGUAAUGGCAUUGCUGGGUCAAAUGGAAUUUCUAUUUCUAGAUCCUUGAGGAAUCGCCACACGGUCAUCUACAAUGGUUGAACUAAUUUAUACUCCCACCAACAGUGUAAAAGUGUUCCUAUUUCUCCACAUCCUCUCCAGCAUUUGUCAUCUCCAGAUUUUUAAUGAUCACCAUUUGAUUUGCAUUUCUCUAAUGACAAGUGAUGAUGAGCAUUUUUUCUGUGUUUGUUGGCUUCAUAUAUGUCUUCUUUAAAAAGUGUCUGUUCAUAUUCUUCACCCACUUUUCGAUGGGUUUGUUUGUUUUUUUCUUAUAAAUCUGUUUCAGUUCUUUGUAGUUUCUGGAUAUUAGCCCUUUGUCAGAAGGGUAGAUUGAAUUUUUUUUUUCCCAUUUUCUUGGUUGCCUGUUCACUCUAAUGACUGUUUCUUUUGCUGUACAGAAGCUCUAAAGCUUAAUUAGAUCCCAUUUUCCUAUUUUGGAUUUUGUUGCCAUUGCUUUUGAUGUUUUAUUGAUGAAGUCCUUGCCUAGGCCUAUGUCCUGAAUGGUUUUACCUCAUUUUUCUUCUAGGGUUUUUAUGGUGUUAGGUCUUAUGUUUAAGUCCUUAAUCCAUCUGGAGUUAAUGUUAGUGAAAGGUGUCAGGAAGGGUUCCAGUUUCUGCUUUCUGCACAUUGCUAGCCAAUUUUUUUAACACCAUUUAUUAAACAUUGGAUCCUUUCCCCAUUGCUUGUUUUUGUCAGGUUAGUCAAAGAUCAGAUGGUUGUAGAUGUGUGGUGUUGCUCCAGAGGCCUCUGUUCUGUUCCAUUGGUCUAUGUCUCUUUCAAUACCAGUACCAUGUGGUUUGAUUACAGUAGCCUUGUAGUAUAGUUUGAAGUCAGGCAGCAUGAUGUCUCCAGGUUUUUCCUUUUUGCUUAGGAUUGUCUUGGCUACGCAGGUUUUUUGGUUCCAUAUAAAGUUUAAAGAAGUUUUAUCCAGUUCUUUGAAGAAUGUCAUCGGUAGUUUGAAAGGAUAGCAUUAAAUCUAUAAAUUACUUUAGGUAGUAUGUCCAUUUUCACAAUAUUGAUUCUUUCAAACCAUGAGCAUGGAAUAUUUUUCCAUCUGUGUCCUCUCUUAUUUCCUCAAGCAGUGGUUUGUAGUUAUUCUUGAAGUGGUCCUUUACAUUCUUUGUUAAUUGUAUUCCUUGGUAUUUUAUUGUUCUUGUAGCAUAUGUGAAUGGGAGUUUGCUCUUGAUUUGGCUCUGUUAUUGGUGUAUAGGAAUGCUUGUGAUUUCUGCACAUUGAUUUUGUAUUUUGAUAUUUUACUGAAGUUGCUUAUCAGCUUAAGGAGAAUUUGGGAUGAGAUGAUGGGGUCUUCUAAAUAUACAAUCAUGUCAUCUGCAAAUAGAGACAAUUUGACUUCCUCUUUUCCUAAUUCAAUACCCUUUAUUUAUUUUUCUUGCUUGAUUACUCUGGCUAAAACUUCCAAUACUAUAUUGAAUAAGAGUGGAGAGAGAGGGCAUCAUGUCUAGUGCUAGAUUUCAAAGGGAAUAAUUCCAGUUUUUUCCCAUUUAGUAUGAUAUUGGCUGUGGGUUUGUCACAAAAUAGCUUUUAUUAUUUUGUGAUAGGUUCUAUUAAUACCUAGUUUAUUGAGAGUUUUAGCAUAAAGGGCUGUUGAAUUUUGUUGAAGGCCUUCUCGGCAUCUAUAGAGAUAAUCAUGUGUUUUUUUUUUCCUUUGGUUCUAUUAUGUAAUGGAUUAUGUUUAAGGAUUUGCAUAUGUUGAACCAGCCUUGCAUCCCUGGGAUGAAGCCUACUUGAUUGUGAUGGAUAAGCUUUUUGAUGUGCUGUUGCAAUCGGUUUGCCAGUUGUUUAUUGAAGAUUUUGCAUUGAUGUUCAUCAUGGCUAUUGCCCUGAUGUUUUCUUUUUUUUAUUGAGUCUCCACUGGAUUUAAGUAUCAGAAUGAUGUUGGUGUCAUAAAAUUAGUUGGGGAGGAUUCCCUUAUUUGUAUUGUUUGGAAUAGUUUUAGAACCAGCUCCUCUUUGUGUGUCUGGUAGAAUUCAGCUGUGAACCCAUCUGGACCUGGACUUUUUUGGUUGGUAGGCUGUUAAUUGCUGCCUCAACUUCAUCCCUUGUUAUUGGUAUAUUGAGGGUUUCAACUUCUUCCUUGUUAAUUUUGGUAGGGUGCGAGUGUCCAUGAAUUUUUCCAUUUCUUUCAGGUUUACUAGUUUAUGUGCAUAGAGUUGUUUGUAGUAAUCUCUGAUGGUAGCUUGUAUUUCAGUGGGAUCAGUGGUGAUAUCCCCUUUAUGGUUUUUUUUAUUGCAUCUAUUUGAUUCUUCUCUCUUUCCUCCUUUAUUAAUCUGGCUAGUGGUCUGUCUAUUUUGUUGAUCUUUGUGAAAAUCAGCUCAAUGUAUAUUAUAGAUCUGUUAAUUUUUGAAGCGCUUUUUUGUAUCUCUAUCUCCUUCAGUUCUGCUUUGAACUUAGUUAAUUCUUGUUUUCUGCUGGCUUUUGAGCUUUUUUAAAAUCUUGCUCCUCUAGCUCUUUCAAUUUUGAUGAUAGGGUGUCAAUUUUAGAUCCUUCCUCAUUUCUCAUGUGGGCAUUUAUUGCUACAAAUUUCCCUCUAGACACUUAUUUAAAUGUGUCCCAUAGAUUCUGGUAUGUUUUGUCCUCAUUCUUAUUGGUUUCGAAGAACAUCUUUAUUUCUGCCUUCAUUUCAUUGUUUAUCCAGUCAAUAUUCAGGAACCAGUUGUUCAGUUUCCAUGAAGUUGUGUGGUUUUGAGUUAGUUUCUUAAUCCUGAGAUCUAAUUUGAUUGAGCUGUGAUCUGAGAGACUGGUAUGAUUUCCGUGUUUUUGCAUUUGCUGAGGUGUAAUUUACUUCCAAUUAUGUGGUCAAUUUUAGAGUAAGUAUGAUGUUUUACUGAGAAGAAUGUAUAUUCUCUGACUGUGGGGUGGAGAGUUCUGUAGAUAUCUAUUAGGUCUGCUUGUUCCAGUUUUGCAUUUAAGUCCUGUAUAUCCUUGUUGAUUUUCUGUCUCAUUAAUCUGUCUAAUGUUGACACUGUAGUGUUAGUCUCCUGUUAUUAUUGUGUGGGAGCCUACAUCUCUUUUAGAUCAUUUAGAACUUGCUUUAUGUAUCUGGGUGCUCCUGUAUUAAGUGCAUAUAUAUUUAGGGUAGUUAGCUCUUCUUGUUGUAUUGAUCCUUUUGCCAUUAUUUAGUGUCCUUCUUUGUCUUUUCUGAUCAUUGUUGGUUUAUAGUUGAUUUUAUCUGAGACUAAAAUUGCAACCCUUGCUUUUAUUUGCUCUCCAUUUGUUAGUAGAUCUUCUUCCAUCUUUGUAUUUUGAGUCAAUGUGUUUCUUUCAUGUGAGAUGGGUGUCCUGAAUACAGCACACAGAUGGUAUUGACUUUUCACCCAGUUUGUUAGUCUGUGUCUUUGAUUGUGGCAUUUAGGCUAUUUACGUUUAAUGUUAACAUUGUUAUGUGUUAAUUUGAUCUUGCCUUUUUGUUACUGGUUGUUUGCUUUGCCCUUUUGUUGUUGCCAUUUCCUAAUUGCAUACUUGAUCUUUACCAUUUGAUUAGUUUUUUGGAGUGGCUGGUAGUAGAUGAUUUUUUCUGUGUUUAGUGCUUCCUUCAGGAGCUCUUGUAGAGCAGGUCUGGUGGUGAUGAAAUCUCUCAGUACUUGCUUGUCCAUAAAGAAUUUUAUUUCUCCUUCACUUGUGAAGCUUAGUUUGCCUGGAUAUGCGAUUCUGGAUUGAAAGUUCUUUUCUUUAAGGAUGUUAAAUAUUGGUCCCCUUUCUCUUAUGGCUUUUAGGGUUUCUGCAGAGAGAUCCGCUGUGACUCUGAUGGGCUUUUCUUUGUGGAUGACCCAAGCUUUCUUUCUGGUUGUCCUUAGCAUUUUUCCUUUAUUUCAACCCUGGUGAAUCUGAUGAUUAUGUGCCUUGGGGUUGCUUUUCUCGAGGAGUAUCUCUGUGGUGUUCUUUGUAUUUCCUGUAUUGGCUGUUGGCCUGCUUCACUAGAUUGGGGAAGUUCUCCUGGAUAAUAUUUUGAGAGUGUUUUCCAGCUUGGAUUCAUUUUCCCCAUCCUCUUCAGUUACAUUGAUCAAGCAUAGAUUAGGUCUCUUCACAUAAUCCCAUAUUUCUUGAAUGCUUUGUUCAUUUCUUUUCACUCUUUUUUCUCUUUUCUUGCCUUCUCUUUUAUUCAUUUGAGUUCAUCUUCAAUCUCUGAUAUACUUUCUUCUGCUUGAUUGAUUCAGCUUUUGAAACUUGUGUAUGCUUCAUGAAGUUCUCAUGCUGUUUUUCAGCUCCAUCAAGUCAUUUAUGUUCUUCUCUAGGCUGGUUAUUUUAGUUAGCAUUUCAUCGAAUCUUUUUUGAACAUUCUUAGUUUCUUUGCAUUGGAUUAACACAUGUUCUUUUACCUCACAGAAGUUUGUUAUUACCCAUCUUCUGGAGACUGCUUCUGUCAGCUAGUCAAAAUCGUUUUCUGACCUGCUUUUUUGCCAUGAUGGUGAGUCGUUGUGAUCUCUCUGGGGAGGAGAGGCAUUCUUAACUUUGAUGUUUUUGUCUUUUUUGUGCUGGUUUCCUUUUAUCUUCUCUGAGUGGAUGUCCUUUCUGUUAAAGUUGGGGUUAUUUCUGCUGUAUGAUUUUUUUUUUAUUUUUAGGUAAUUGCAGUUUUCAGUGUGCCACUUGAGACAUUCUGUCCAUUGUCUGACUGUGGAGGUAUUGCUGGGCUGCCUCGGUCUCAGCCCAGGCUGCUGUUUAUUCUUUGCCUGGUUUCAGUACUACUGGAGUUAUCCCCGCCUUCCCAAUGUGGGCUCUUUUGCUCUUCAGAGCCCACUGUUCUUAGGUGGAGGAUGUAUUAACUGCAAAACUCUCCCAGGAGAGGGACUCCAGUUGCUGGAUCUUUCAGGGGGAGGCCAGCCUGCUUAAGGAAAUAAGAGAGGACACAAACAGAUGGAAAAACAUUCCAUGCGCAUGGUUAGGAAGAAUCAAUAUUAUGAAAAUGGCCAUACUGCCCAUAGAUUCAAUGCUAUCCCCAUCAAACUACCAUUAACCUUCAUCAUAGAACUGGAAGAAACCACCUUAAACUUCAUAUGGAACCAAAAAAGUGCUCACAUAGCCAAGACAAUCCUAAGCUAAAAGAACAAAGCUGGAGGCAUCAUGCUACCUGACUUCAAACUAUACUACAAGGCUGCAGCAAUCAAAACUGCAUGGUACUGGUAACAAAACAGAGACAUAGAAUAAUGGAACAGAACAGAGGCCUUGGAAAUAACACCACACAUCUACAAUUAUCUGGUCUUUGACUAACCAGACAAAAACAAGCAAAGGGGGAAUGAUACCCUGUUUAAUAAGCAUUGUUGGGAAAACUGGCUAGCCAUGUGCAGAAAGCAGAAACUGAACCCCUCCCUUACACCUUAUGCAAAAAUUAAAUCCAGAUGGAUUAAAGAUUUAAACAUAAGACCUAACACCUUAAAAACCCUAGAAGAAAACCUAGGCAGUACCAUUCAGGACAUAGGAAUAGGCAAGGACUUCAUGACUAAAACAUUGAAAGCAAUGGCAACAAAAGCCAAAAUAGACAAAUGGGAUCUAAUUAAACUUAAGAGCUUUUGUACAGAAAAAGAAGUAAUCAUUAGAGUGAACUGGCAAUUAACAGAAAGGGAAAAAUUUUUGCAAUCUACCCAUCUGACAAAGGGCUAAUAUCCAGAAUCUACAAGUAACUUCAACAAAUUUACAAGAAAAAAACAAGCAACCCCAUUAGAAAGUUGGCUAAAGAUAUGAACAAACACUUUUCAAAAGAAUACAUUUUUGUGGUCAACAAACAUAUAAAAAAAUGCUCAUCAUUACUGGUCAUUAAAGAAAUGCAAAUCAAAACCACAUUGAUAUACCAUCUCAUGCCAGUUAGAAUGGCAAUUAAAAAAUCUGAAGACAACAGAUGCUGGAGAGGAUAUGGAGAAAUAGGAAUGCUUUUACACUGUUGGUGGGAUUGUAAAUUUGUUCAACCACUGUGGAAGACAGUCUGGCAACUCCUCAAGGAUGCAGAAUUAGAAAUUCCAUUUGACCCAGCCAUCCCAUUAAUGGGUAUAUACCCAAAGGAAUGUAAAUCGAUCUAUUAUAAGGACAUAUAAACAUUUAUAUUCAUUGCAGCACUGUUUACAAUAGCAAAGAUAUGGAGCCAACCCAAAUGCUCAUCAAAGAUAGACUGGAUAAAGAAAAUGUGGCACAUAUAUACCAUGGAACACUACACAGCCAUAAAAAAUGAUUAGUUCAUGGCCGUUGUAGGGACAUGGAUGAAUCUGGAAACCAUCAUUCUCAUCAAACUGACACAAGAACAAAAACCAAACACUGCAUGUUCUCACUCAUUAGUGGGUGUUGAACAAUAAGAACACAUGAAAAGAGGGAGGGGAACAUCACACACUGGGGUCUGUAGGGUGGGAGACUAGAGGAAGGAUAACAAGGGGUGGGGAGAUUGACAAGGGAUAACAGGAGAAAUACCUAACGUAGGGGACGGAGUAUGGUGGCAGCAAACCACCAUGGCAUGUGUAUACCUAUGUAAAUAUCAUGAAGAUCUGCACAUGUACCCCAGAACUUAAAGUAAGAAAAAAAAAUGUUUGCUUAAAAUAUACUUUUUGUUGUCACAUACUUUUUACAUCUCUAGAUUUGGAAGUCUGAACAUUGAGAUAUUUUCUACUGUGCAAAAAUGAAUAUUUUAAUAUUAAAAGAGAAACUGACUAUUCAAUAUCACUGCACAUACUGAGAACAUUAGAUUUGAAACAUGUUGCUUAUAACAUAAAGAAAAUGCAUGCCAGUAUAUUUCACAUCCCUAUAUAAAACAUUAUACAUAUAUUUUUAUUUGUAUCUAUAAAUUUAAGUUUUAUUUUAAACAUUUAUGCCUUAAAUUUCCUCAGUAACCUUUGACUAAGUGAUAUUCCUGUUCAGAAGUUUCCUCUUUCAUGCAGGGUUGUUUUUUAUUUGUUUGUUUGUUUGUUUUUGUCAGAGCCAUUUGAACCAGAGCAACUCCAUCUUGAAUAGGGGUAAAAUGAGACUGAGACCUAAUGGGCUGCAUUUUCAGGUGGUUAGGCAUUCUAAGUCACAGGAUGAGUAGAAGGUCAGUACAAGACACAGGCCACAGAUACCUUACUGACAAAGGAGCAUGUGGUAAAGAAUCUGGCCAAAUUCCACCAAAACUAAGAUGGCAGUGAAAGUAACCUGGCCAUCCUUGCUCAUUGUAUGCUAAUUGUAAUGAUUAGCAUGCUAAAAUAAUCUUACCAGUGCCUUGAUAGUUUACAAAUGCCAUGGCAACAUCAGGAUGUUACCUUGAAUGGUCUAAAAAGGGGAGGAAUCCUCAGUUCUGGGAAUUGCCCACUCCUUUCCUGAAAAGUUCAUGAAUAAUUCACCCCUUGUUUACCAUGUAAUCAGAAAAUGACCAUAAAAGUGGCCGGUCAGCAGCUAAUGGGUCAGUUCUGCCUAUAGAAUAGUCAUUCUUUUGUUUCUUUUCUUCGCUAACAAACUAGCUUUCACUUUACUGUGUGGAUUCACCUUGAAUUUUUAUUUGUGUGAGAUCUGAAAACCUCUCUUGGGGUCUGGAUUGGGACCCUUUUUCAGUAACAUCUUCCUGGUAACUAUGAUGGGAUGAUACUGAGGAGACUCCCAACCCAAAGGAAAUAAACUGCAACACCAAUUGGUUGACUUUGGGUAUGUGGGGUGCAUUUUACCUGCGUAAAGGGUGUGACUGAAUUAGAGGCCUAACUAAAUAAGUUAGACUCUCUCCUAAGAUUGAGUGGGUUAAAGAACCCUCUUAGGAAAAAGGCAAGCAUGCUUAAACCAACUUGGGUUUGAGACCAAACUUAGGAAGAUUAGAGUUCUUCCUAAAAUUUAGGGGUUAGAGAUUCUGCUCAGUAAAUUCUCUCAAUUAAAAAUGCAUUUGGCAUCAUGGAAUGUUAACCACUAUUCUCUUUGAAUUAAUCUGUCUUGCACUCUCUGCUAAUGGCUGCAGGUGACAAGGUUAGGCAUGUACAGGACCUUUGGACAUGGGAAGGUUUAUCUCCCCAAAAGGGGAAACUUGAGAACUGAUGGGACUACUAGAAAAGAUUCCUUUGUGACUGACAAGUGGCCGCCUGAACUUUUGAUUCCAUGUCACUGUAAUAGGUGGUUUUAUUUUUCUGGUCUCCCUGAGUUUUUUACCUUCCCCACUCUGCCACAGGAUAUGCUUUUAUCUCUGUCUCUUUCUUUCCUUUCCCUUUCUUAUAUUUUCUGUUACUCAGGGUGACCAUCUUGCCCAGACAUCAUAUGUUAACUUUUGGUUGUUUGUUGAAUUAAAGAUGAUAGGGCCAAUCUGGGGGCAAGUUUGAGCUUUGCCCAUUCAACAUUGGGUGCUAAAUGGAGUGACUACUGUAGCAAAUCUUUCAGCUAUAAAUUUGUCUUUCUGUAUCACUCCGUCAUAAAAAGGAAUAUCUUAGGGUAGAACAUGGGCUUAGGACCCAAUAAGCCUGCUGUUCAAGAUGGCCCAGUAAACUGGUCAGUUACAAAGUAUGAUGUGGGUCCCUGUGAAGGAAAGACUGGAUGAAGUUUCCCUCUGGUCUUGUUUUAUGUCCUUGGGAGGUUGACCUUGUAGAGACAUGGCUGUACUUUAUCUUGGUCUCUUCCAUCCAGGAGACAGAACUUUUGGGUUGCAUGUCACAGCUAGUUCUAAAAACUAUCUUGAGCAGUUAACAACCAUUGCAAGCUCAAAAUUGGUGCUCUGGGUGCCUUCUAGGAAGCACAAUGGAAACUGCCCAAUGAGGUAGUUUCAUAGCUCAGGCUUUGUCUUUUCACAACGGUGGCCUGGGUUCUAGGUUCAAUUCUGGCUUAGGGAAUGAGUCCUUUCUUGUUUGAUAGUUGUGUUACCUUUACCAUUUGUUGAUUUUCUUCCCCUCCAUAUACCAUUUUGAAUUUUCCUUUCCUUGAGCACCUGGGAGGUUACCUUUGGUAAAGUUCAAAAGCCAAAAAUAUUGGCUGUUUGGCCUGGUAAAAGUUGGGUAAUAAGAAAUUUUAAGGAAGGAUCCAAGAUGGCUGAUCACUAACAUCUCGGGAUUGCAGCUCUUAGUGAAAGCGCAGAGAACGAGAGAAUGCCACACAUUCAGACAAAUUUUUGUUGCUCACGGAGCAGAAGAUUCCCAGUGGAGGAGCUGCAUGGGUCGCCAGCAUGACUCUUGUGGCCAGCACAGCGGUUUUGCCGGCACCUCGGCAUGGCAGCUCUCAGUGCAGAGUAAACGGGACUGGUUCCACUUCUGAUAGAUGAUCGGAGCUCCGGGAAGGCAGAGUCACCUAUUACAGACUCAAGAAGGAGGCCAGACUGGAGAUUCCCAGGCAGAAAAGCACCAUCAGUCUUAAUGCCGCUGUUUUGUUCGGCGCAGUGGGUUGCUCAUAUUUCAGCCCUGGGAAUUAAUAACUUGGACGUCCACUCAGAGACCUAAUUUGAAUGUUGGUAAUUACAAAGACGACAGGUGGAUAAAUUUACAAUGAUGGGAAGAAACCAGCGUAAAAAGGCUGAGAAUACUCAAAAUCAGAAUGCCUCUCCCUCUAAAGAGGAUCACAGUUCCUCAUCAACAAGGGAACAAGGCUUGAUGGAGAAAGAGUGCAUCCCAUUAACAGAAUCAGGCUUCACAAGAUGGAUAAUAAGAAACUUCUGUGAGUUAAAAGAACAUGUUGUAGCCCAAUGUAAAGAAACUAAGAACUUUGAAAAAAGGUUUGACGAAAUCCUAAUGAGAAUAGACAACUUAGAGAGGAAUAUAAGUGAAUUAAUGGAACUGAAGAAUACAAUACGGAAACUCUGAGAAGUAUGCACAGGUUUAAAUACUCCAAUUGUUCAAGCAGAAGAAAGGAUAUCAGAGGUCGAAGUCCAACUUAAUGAAAUAAAACGAGAAGACAAGAUUAGAGAAAAAGGAUAAAAAGGAAUGAGCAAAGUCUCCAAGAAAUGAGGGACUAUGUGAAAAGACCAAAUUUUCGUUUGAUAGGUGUACCUGAAUGCAACGGAGAGAAUGAAUACAAGCUGGAAAAUAUUCUUCAGGAUAUUAUUCAGAAAACUUUUCCUAACCUAGCAAAGCAGGACAAUAUUCAACCCCAGGUAAUACAGAGAACACCACAAAGAUAUUCCUCAAGAAGAGCAACCCCAAGGCACACAAUCGUUAGAUUCACCGGGGUUGAAACAAAGAAGAAAAUACUAAGGGCAGCCAGAGAGAAAGGUCAGGUUACCCACAAAGGCAAGCCUAUCAGACUUACAGCAGAUCUCUCAGCAGAAACUCUACAAGCCAGAAAAGAGUGGGGGCCAUAUUCAACAUCCUUAAAGAGCAGAACUUUCAGCCCAGAAUUUCAUAUCCAGCCAAACUAAGCUUCACGACUUAAGGAAAAAUAAAAUCUUUUAUGAACAAGCAAGUACUCAGAGAUUUUAUUACCACCAGGCCUGCUUUACAAGAGCUUCUGAAAGAUGCAUUACACAUAAAAAGAAACAACCAGUAUUAGCCUUUCUAAAAAUAUACCAAAAAGUAAAGAGCAUCAACAUAAUGAAGAAUUACAUCAACGAAUGGAUAAAACAGCCAGUUAACAUCAAAUUGCAGUAAUCCUAAAUUUAAAUUGACUAAAUCCCCCAAUCAAAAGAUACAGCCAAAACCCAAUGGUAUGCUACAUCCAGACCCAUUGCACAUGCAAGGAUACACAAAGACUCAAAACAAAGGGAUGGAGAAAGAUUUACCAACCAAAUAGAGAGCAAAAAUAAAUAAAUAAAUAAAAAGCAGGAGUUGCAAUUCUCGUAUCUGAUAAAACAGAUUUUAAAGCAACAAAGAUAUAGUGGUAAAAGGAUCAAUGCAACAAUAAGAGCUAACGAUCCUAACGCCCAGAUAAAUAGAGACUUAGACUCAAUGAGACAGAAAAUUAAUAAGGAUAUCCAGGACUUGAACUCAGAUCCGGAACAAGUAAACUUAAUAAUAUUUAUAGAGCUCUCCACUUUAAAUACACAAAAUAUACAUUCUUGUCAAUACCACAUCACACCUACUCAUAGGUUUAAAUGAAAUAUUGAUUGGCCAUUAUUAAUACCCAUUUUCUAAAAAGUAAAGCAACAUUUCUGUUCUCUCCCCCUCUUUUGCUUCCUCUUUCUUCCUCUCCUUCACUCCUUCUUUUUCUUUCCUUCUCUCAAAAAAAAAAGAAAAGAAAAAAAGGAAAUCAACUCGUAGACCUCUAGAUCCAGGUUGGCAAUGUCUCUCUCACUGCCUAAUUUUCUUUCUUCCCUUCUCUCCCUCCCUCCCUCCCUUUCUCCCUUCCUCCUUUCCUCCCUUCCUGCCUUCCUCCCUUCCUCCCCCCAAAAAAGAAAUUUUAAGAAUUUUGCUUUUUUAUUUUUUAUUUUAAGUGUUGUGGCUAAAAGUCAGUUUGUUCAAGUUCUAACAGGCUGGGACUUCUUGGGAAAAACAGAGGAGGUUCCAUGGUCCCCAUUUUAAGAUAAACCUCUAUUUUCAUCAUGAAACCCCAGGAAUUAUAAGCAAAUAGAUUCUUCACAAAAUCUAAGGUUCUGCUCUAUUUUGCAUUGUUUUACCUGACAUUUCUUUUUUUACUUUUUGGGGUAUCAGAAGUUAUCUUGCAUUAUAAGAGAGCUUUUGUGUGCAAUAACUAGGUAGGAAAUAUAGUUUUGGAGAUAUCUAAUAAAAGUUAUGGGGGGAUACUCAGCUCCUUGCAUGUUUGAAUCAGAGUACUAUGCCCUUGGCCACCCAGAACGUAUGGAGAUGUCCCUAUGCCUACUGAGAGAUGUCACCCAUGGAGGAUAGGCUAAUCACAGCUUAGGCUAAUUGGAUUUGGAUUGCUUUGUAAUAAAAUAUAUGAUAAAAUUGUUGUACUGUCUUGUUCUGUAGCAUAUCUGUUUUGGGGAUACAGGAUCCAGUAUAAAAAUGGGACCCUUAAUUUUGGGAUAUUUGUUUUUGCCUUCCAGCUGUGCCUGCUUAUUAGGGUGUAGAAACUGGAAUGCUUUCCUGGCCCUGUUCCUUUAAGGGCUCCACCCAAAAGAUAGUAAUCCAAUUAAAAAAUGGGAAAAUGAAAACCCUUACAACUACUGAAUCUUCUGUGUGUCGGUGUAUUAUAUGUGAUUUGUGCAUCACAUGAAAGAGCUUUGACUAACUGGUUUAUAAAAAAGCUUAAAUAAAAUAUUUUGUCAGAAAAAUAAAAACUGGUAUGCCUUUAGCUUAUAUGACUUUAGUAACUAUUGGGAAAUAAAAACAGUUUUACAUGCAAUGUGUGCAAGGAUAGUGAAAUAUGUUUUUGGUAAAAGAUUAUAAAAAGGCAUGGGAAUGUGAAUUUUUUUCUGCCUAAAGGGUUACAGGAUUAUUUUAAUUUAGAUCGGAUAAAGCUGAAGUUUCAGAAGGUUGUGGAAGGUUUGUGAAAAAUUAAUUUUGUGAAAGAAAUCCUGUGUGUGAACAUAUUGGCUAAAAUUAAAAAGUUAUUAUUUAGGUCUUCCAUAAAUUGAACAUUGGAAUAAGAGCACAACAGGUUUUUCAUAGAACACUGGUCUGUUUUUAACAAAAAUUUACAAAGGAUUAUAAAAGUUUAAUGAAAAUCUUAACCUUAUUGUCAAAUAUUAAAAUUGGGUAGAUUUGUCUAUCAGCUUUUAUUAAAAAUUUGGGUUUACAUUAAUAGUACACUAAUGCAAAAGGUGAAAUUUGGCUUUCUCUUUGAACAAGAUUUUCAUGUAAUAUUAAAGAAUAAUAAAAACUUUUGUUUGUCUUUGAAAUAAACGGCAGGAAAAAGGGAAAGAAGAGACAGGUUGUUUGGAAAGCUAAGUCUUCACUCUUUAUGAGUAAAGGUUUUUGCCUUAAAAAAAUUUUAUUUUUGAGAUGGAGUUUUGCUCUUGUUACACAGGCUGGAGUGCAAAUGGCACGAUCUCAGCUCACUGGAACCUCCGCCUCCUGGGUUUAGGCAAUUCUCUUGCCUCAGCCUCCCGAGUAGCUGGGAUUACAGGCACUCGCCACCAUGCCCAGCUAUUUUUUUGUAUUUUUAGUAGAGACGGGGUUUCACCAUGUUGACCAGGAUGAUCUCAAUCUCUUGACCUCGUGAUCCACCUGUGUCAGCCUCUUAUAGUGCUGGAAUUACAGGCGUGAGCCACUGAGCCUGGCCCUUUUUAAAAUUUUUGAGUCAUCAGUUGGCUGAAUAACAAAAUGGAAUCCCAGGUUAUCAUAAGAUAUGGUAACCUUGAAAACCUUGAAAAAACUUUCAAGACUCUCAUGGAAAGCUCAAAUAUUCAUGGAUACCAAGCACCACAGGAGUUAACUGUAUGGACUAAACUAAAAGUCUGAAAUAAUAUUUUUAAACUUUUUGCUUAAAUGUUGCUGAUCCACUGUUUUGUUUUUCACAGUAGAGGAAACUUUUUUUGAGCUCUUUACUGUUUUUAUCUCUGUACCUAAUUUCUCUAGAAUUUGGAAACUAUUUGUGAGUAUUCUUAAUUUAUGGUAAUAUAGCAUUUGCAUAAGUGCAAUAGGAAUGUUUUCUUUUGCAGCAGGACACAAUGGGAGUAACUGGUUUUACCAAGGUUUUGACUGGAAUGGCAUACUUACUUUUUAAGAAAUCAAACUUAACUUGUAGAGCCAAUAAAAGUGCUUUGGUAAAAUUGGUCUCAUGCCUUAUCUGCACAGUCCCUGUAUACGGUUCCUAACCUGUGGUAAGUAAAGAAUGUGACUUUCUGAUAGCUCCAGUAGCUUCAAGUUAUCUUGGGAACUCAAGAGGAGAGGAAUUUUCUCACCUCAUUGGUAUUUGAGGAUACAAACCCAUGGCUGGACUCAGAUUUAAGAACAGUCAUAUCUGAGAUUCUUUAUGGAACAGAGUUUCAUCAAAGCCAAUUUUAAAAGCCUAUGUUAAAAAAUUAUUCUUGCUGCACUUUAUACAAAUAUUGAGGCCAAUUAUAAAAUUAAGGCUUAUUUUUGCAAAUGAAUUGGUGCUAUUAUAAUUUUUCUUUAGUAAAAAUGGGAAACUGGAGAGAAAGAAUAUUUUUCAAGAGCUAUGAUACACCUGUUAUUAGAUUCUAGUCUCUUAGGUUGUUUUUCAAUUUUUUUUUCCUGCAAUUUAGACUAAUCUGCUUAUUCCUGUGAACCAAUCAGUAAUCUCUGACUGCUGCAUGGAAGAAACAAGAGGGAGAGUAGUAAAAAAUCUGGAUCUAUAUUCUAAGUCUGGGCACACUGGAAUUAGUUGGCAACCCCAUAUCAGCUUGGCUCCAACAGUUUCCCAGUUCCUGGAAAACCUCCUUAUUUAGUUUACUUGGGAUAGUAUUAUUUAUUUUGCUUUAUUGUGGAAUGUAUUGCUGUUGUGCCCUUUUGUAAAAAUGCAGGAUACGCUUACUAAAUGUUUUCUUUAAAUUGAGCACUUUUUAAUAUUCCAGAUAUCACUUUUUAUCAGAGCAAUAAAUGGCACUCACCAUGCUGACACUUUCUGACUGAGCUCCUCUGUACCCCAACUACAGAAGACCCUAAUAGUUAGACAGGAAUAUCAUCACCCCCUAUUCAGCCUGAAAAAGUUACAGAAGAUGGAUCUUCAUUGCUCUACAAACCAUAGGAUUAAGUGUUCUCUUAUAAAAAGGAGGGGGAAAAUAUGUCAGAGGUAUUUGAAUCAGAGUGACUCCAUCUUGAAUAGGGGCUGGGUAAAAUGAGACAGAGACAUACUGGGCUGCAUUCCCAGGUGGUUAGGAAUUCUAAGUCACAGGAUGAGUAAGUGGUCAGCACAAGAUACAGGUCACAAAGAUUUUGUUGAUAAAAUAGCAUGUGGUAAGAAAGCCAGAGAAGUCCCACCAAAACCAAGUUGGUAGUGAAAAGGCCUUGGUUAUCCUCAGUGCUCACUAUGUGCUAAUUAUAAUGCAUUAGCAUGCUACAAGACACUCCCAUCAGCACCAUUACAAAUGCCAUGGCAAUGUCAGGAAGUUACACUAUAUGGUCUAAAAAUGGGAGGGACCCUCAGUUCCUGGAAUUGCCCACCCCUUUUCUUGAAAACUCAUAGAUAAUCCACCCCUUCUUUAGCAUAUAAUCAGGAAAUCACCAUAAAAGUGGUCAGCCAGCAGCCCUCAGGGAUGCUCUUCAUAUGGAGUAGUCACUCUUGUUUCUUUACUUCUCUAAUAGACUUGCUUUCACUUUAUGGAUUCGGCUCAAAUUCUUUCUUGCAUGAGAUCCAACAACCCUCUUUUGGGGUCUGUAUUGGGACCUCUUUCCAGUAACACUUUAUAGUAUGAGCUGUUUGUAACUGAUUCAUUGGAAUAAAUGAAAUGGGGUUUUCUGCAGAAAUAUUUGGGGUCUUUAUCUAGGAAAAUGUAAGCACUUAAAAAAAAUAAGCUUAGUUGGAGUAAAGAUUUUUUUUCAUGUUUGUGUUAAGCCUGACUUCUAUGGGUUGGGCCUCUCUUAAGUGAUUAAAGUUCUCCAUUAUUAAUUAGUCAGAAAGUCAGCAAUGACUGUUCCAAACUUCAGCUUUAAAUGUUCUGCAUUUUCAAUGUUUUUGCCUUCUUGGUUGGCUAAUUGGGGGCUUUCUAAAUUCUGUCUGAAAAGAACUUUUUCUGCAAAUGGUGCAUCAAUUGAGGGAAACCUUAUUUGGGGCUUACUUAAUGAGGGUCUCCUCAAAUAUUUCUCCGAGGAUAAUGUAUGACUUCAGAGUAAGUGGGCUACUGUGUUUCUUUUUCAGAGUGUUUUGUUUUGUUUAUACUUAUUUUAACUUUUAUUUUAAGUUCACAGGUACACAUGCAGGUUUGUUAUAUAGGUAAACUUGUGUCACAGGAGUUUGUUGUACAGAUUAUUUCAUCACCCAUGUAUUAAGCCUAGUACCCUUUAGUUAUUUUUUCUGGUCCUCUCCCUCCUCCCACCCUCGGCCCUCUGAUAGGUUUCAGUGUCUGUUGUUCCCCUCUAUGUGUCUUUUUUUUCAGGUGACAUGCAUCUGGAGAAUAGGACAAUAGUCUUCAGUGUAAGAAAAAGCAAAUCAGAGUUUACCUCACCCUUAGACACAUAAAAUAAGUUAUUUAUUUUUCCUUUUAUAACAAUGGCAGAGUGAAAGGCGAAAGAUGUGUGAGGCUGAGUAGAGACAGAAUGAUUAAGUGCCACCAGACUGCUCAGCUUUCUAUCUAAAAGACAUUGCAGCUAAUUUCCCAGUUCAAAUUUAUGUAGGAACAUAAGACAGAAGUACUGAAUACAUGGAAGGGGCCUGUUCAAAAGAUGAGAUGUUACAGAGGAGUCUACAUACCACACAGACCAAUCAACCUGAGUGAAUAAAUGUCACUAUACCCCCAUGAAAUUAGAUAUAUAGAAACUUCCAUUAGAGUAGUCUGAAACUUUAGGGUUUGCCAACGUUAUUUAACAAGCCACAAUUUAGGAAAAAACCCUAAAAUUAUAAGUAUAUACUUUAAAUAAAGGAUAUAGGAAGAUAAAGCUGGCCAGAAUUUGUCAAUAUUUCUGCAGAAAGACACAUGGAUUUAAGAAUAUUAUAUACAAUCACGUUUAGCAGAUUGGUGGGAAAAAAUGUAGCAAAUUGGUAACUUGAGCUUAACUACUAAGGUCUCCUUUUCUGGCACUCCAAUAUAGUUCAUAUAUUACCAAGACCCACUGCCAACUUUACUUCUGUGUUCCUUCACUGAUUUAGCCAGCAGAGUGAAAGUAAUUAUUCCUUGAAUGCAUCUUAUCGAAUUGUGUUUUUCCUUUAAUGCCAUUCUCUACUAACAAUCUAUUUCUUGAUAUAUUGAAUUCAUUGUUGGUUUUAACUCACUCUGCUGAUGGCUGUGUACCAUCCUGGUACAAAGAACAUAUUUAACGAUUUUGAACACUGUGCAGGAAACAGACCUAGCCCUUUUGGAGACGUAAACAGUCACGAGUUGCAUGCUAUUAGGAGCCAUCCAUUCAUUAUUAUAUUAUAUAAUACCCACAUGCAAGAGGCUACAAUUUAGUAUGGUACAUUACAGCUACAGUUAAAGAAAUGCACAUGUACCAUACCUGGUCAACCAAUUCCUAGCUAGAUGGAACUCAUUAAUUUUCUAAGAAUAUGGAUCUUGUGCAAGGGCCUGGCAAUCUUGUUAGAUGCUCUGUGUGCUUCUGCACAGAAUAUCUUUUGUACUAAUCUCUUAGCUACUCUGAGAGCAGAGAUUCUGGAAUGUAUAAAUGGAAUGUUUUUCACAUGCUGUGAUUCUUAGACCCCUUCUCUAAAAGGAGAAGACAGAGAAUCAUUCUUUUAAAGUAUUUGCUUCUGCUUUAAAGAAAAUGUGUGUGUGUGUGUGUGUGUGUGUGUGUGUGUACAUGUGCAUAGGUGAACGUAGAUAUAUGUGAUAAUAGGUGAAAAGAAUAGGCUUUCAAUGACUGCUACAUUCCUAUGAAUGUGGACUCUGUUAAGUUUUAGGUUCAUGUUACAAUAAUGUAUAUUCAAUAUUCUUAAAACUUACUUUCUAGGAUUAUGCUUAAACCUCCAUUAACCUCAAUGUCUAUACUUUGUUCAAUUUGGCAUAAACAUAGAGGGCAUUCUUUACUUUGGCAAUGUCUGCCCUGAGAGUGGACUCUAUGGGUGCCACAGGAGGUAAUGGCACUGGUUGAUGCCACAUAGUGUGAAAGAUAUGUGUUACAUGGGGCCAGUGGGGGAAAGAGGCACAUAUUGCAUUCCUAUCACCAGUAAGAGUUGCAGAAAUUGCAUACUUUUCAGAUUUUUUACAAAAUGUGACUCUUUCAGAAUGUGAUCAUAUUGUACUCUCAAAAUUCUAACUGCUCCAUGAUAAUUCCAGUACUGGGAAGCCAAGUUACUUUAACAGUGUACUGGACAUGAUAAUUUUGAGCCCAGCAUAAGACAGCUGUGUUUGACUGGGGACCACUUAAUCGCUUUUCCCCUUAAUUUUUCCAGCUGUACCAUGGGGAAGAUUUUUUAUUCUGGCUCCUUCUGAGGACACUGUUGGAAUGAAUGGAAUAACAUGAACAAAGUGCUCGAAGUUCUGCAAGAAUAAAUCAGCAAGGAAGCAUGUACAAAAGAAUGGAGCACACAAUUUUGCUUAGAAAUACUGUUAUGGUUAAACUUUUCAUUCCAGUCCUAUAAUUAAAGACAUAUAAGAGUACUAGAAUGCUACAUAGCACCUUUCAGCAAUAGGAUCAUAACAAUGAGUAUCUUCAUUUUGCAAAUGGAGAAAAUAAAUAUCAAAGAUUAGGGAAUGAGAUUCCACAGAGGUUACUGGACAGGGCUCCAAGGAAAACCAAGCAAAGAAGCCAGAUCAGGGUGUGCUAAUUACUAAACAAAACUUUGUACUCUCGAUAAAUAAUCAACCAUUUGGGUGUCUAUGUACAUUAUUCAAUGCUCAGAUGAUCCAUGGAUAGAGAUAUCAUCAGAGUCUAUUAACAAAUGAGACCAAAAUGCUAAGAUAGAAAUAGGUCUUCUAUUUUUUUCUGAGCCCCCUGGUAAAACCCUGAUUUAUUUGGCCUUUUAAAGACAGUGUAAAUCUGUAAGACAUUAAACAAUCAGCUUUGCAUUAUAGUUUUCCUGAGCUUUACCUUUCUCAAACUUCCUUAUAGUUAACUGACACUAUCUUUUGUGACUUCACUUCUGUGGGAGUUGAGUGCUAAUACACCGUAUGCAUUAAAUAGUUUCUUGACAUUUUUCUGAAUUUGAAUCACAGUUAACAGCUGCUCUGCCUGAAUGCUUGGCAGAAGAUAAUCAAUGCGAAAGAGGAAGAUAACUUUGAGGCCUAAUGGCUGUGUAGGAAGUAAAGGCAAUACAUUUAGAAACAGGUGCAUAUCUAUAUCAAUAGAAAAAAAGCUUGUCUGUCAUAAGAACAUGGGGAUGGCCAAAUAAACUAUCAAGAGAAACUCAAACAAGAGAGUAUCUUGAGAAAGAGUGAAAGAAAAAAUGUUUUUCCAUCUGAAUAUAUAAGACUUCAUCAUGAAACUGAGCCUGUGCAUAGUCUUCUAGGCUGCUUUUUAGCUUCUGAGUUUGACAAACAGUCAUUGGCCCUAAUAAAUGUAGUCAUGUCUAGUAUUCUCUCAAAUGUAAUGCUGACCAUCCAUUUAAUUUAUGCCAAAAGACUCACCUUGGUCAAAAUUACCUAGGGGUCCAGAUCAACAGGUUUUGUUGUUGUUUUAAGUAGCUGGAUUGUUCAUUUUCUCAGCUCCACUGGAACCUCAACACUAAAUUGUGGCAGGCAACUCUUUUUUACUAAAAAAUACUUCAGGAGGGAUAAGUUAGUAAACCAAACAACCCUUCUAGAAGCUCAAUUACUUGAUAUCUGAAAGAAAUCUCUAAUUCCCACUGAUCCCUGUAAGAGUUGGAGAUUUUAUUGUCAGCAGCUGGGCAGUAGACUGCUGGUUGAAAAAAUUAAAGACAUCAAUACUCUUAAGAUAUUAUUAUUAUAAAGAAGCACUACUAGUAUUCAGCCUCAUUGAUUCAGGCACUAGAACUAAAAGAAAGGCUGAUUAUAAAUAAAUGGGGAAAUCAAUGCAAACUGUUUUAAUGGCUUAGCUACCAUUGAAGCUAAAACAAAGGAAUAAAUAAUUGGCAUAUUACUAUUUGGUUAUGACUGUCUAUACAAUAAUCUCUGCUAUGAAAACACAGCUCUUUAGUGCUAAUCCUCAGGCUGUCAGCUGUGAAAUUUUACCCUUAUGAAAGGUAUUAAAAUUAAACCCCCAAAUCACUCUGAAAACCCUUAACAAAACCUAUGGGCCAUAACGUAGGCUUAUAGAUUUUCUUUCAUCAUAAAAGUAAUUCAUAAAGGAUUAAAUAAAACUAGGUAGCAGGUAAAUAAAUAAAAGUAAUUGCAGAAUUCUACCACAGUCUGACAUUAGAAGUGUUUAAAACGCUGAUUAUUGGCUGGGCGCGGUGGCUCAAGCCUGUAAUCCCAGCACUUUGGGAGGCCAAGGCGGGUGGAUCACGAGGUCAAGAGAUCGAGACCAUCCUGGUCAACAUGGUGAAACCCCGUCUCUACUAAAAAUGCAAAAAAUUAGCUGGGCAUGGUGGCGCAUGCCUGUAAUCCUAGCUACUCGGGAGGCUGAGGCAGGAGAAUUGCCUGAACCCAGGAGGUGGAGGUUGCGGUGAGCCGAGAUUGCGCCAUUGCACUCCAGCCUGGAUAACAAGAGUGAAACUCUGUCUCAAAAAAAAAAAAAAAAAAAAAACACCACACUGAUUAUCAUGUUUAAUAAAGUGUAAGUCCUGAUUUUCAUCUUAUGGGUUAGCUGUAGUGCUUUCAGGAACAUUUGUAAUGGAAUAGGUUUUACAUUGUUGUUCAAGUCCGAAUUUGAGGACCCUGGUCAGUGUAUUCAAUCACCAUCCCAAAAUUUAGACACCUGAUAUAGUGAUGGUUCAAAGUCUAGUAAAUACUUAAGUUGCUAUUUACAGAAAAAUCAUAAUCAGGUUUUUAGCCUUGAUUUUCACACUAUAGCAGAAUUUUGUACAGAUAUACUGUAUAUGUUCACAAAUACACAUGCACAUAAGCAGCAAAUGUAGUCUGAUUCCCUUAAACACCAAAAAGGCCCUAUUAUGUGAUUAAUACUCUUUGUAGGAAAAUUAAAGACUCCAAGGAAAUUUUCUCAAUUCCCUUUUACCUGAUAAUGAUAAAUGAAAAGAUAUAUUUUACAUUUAGGCUUUCAUGGAUUGGGGCAGGGGAAAUGAAGAA